CAAGGGUUGUAAUUGAUCCAACAAGUAUCCAUGUCGAGAAAGUGCCAGAAAACAAAGACCAGACUUCAGCUGAUGUUGGGCCAGAUAAAGCUGCAGUCAAGAUGACCAUGAUCGAAGUGAAGAGCAAGGAGACACCCAAAGGGGAAAAAGAUUGUGAAGUACAAGAAGUGCAUGCUGAAGUAUCAACAAAAGUGCAGGAUGAAAAGUAUGUUAAGACUGUAAAGAUGACCAGUAAAGAAGUGCCAGAAAGCUUUACAGAUUCCCUGUCUGAACCAAGGUUAGUCCCUUGCGCACUAACGGAGAGACAAGCAACGUAUGCAAAGGACAUUGAGAAGGAAGAAAAGAAUGAGGGGAAGAAGAGGACAACUCAGGAAGAGGAAAGGGAAAAAAUGGUCAAUCUAGGAAAACGAAAUGUUCCACUCCCGAUGGCCAAAACUCCCACCACUGCUGACGUGAGGACAAUGGAUGCAACACAGGUGAACACGGCUGACAAGGUACAAUCUGCAUCACUGCAGGCAGUUCAUACAUCUGGCAUUAUCUGGAGGGAGGUAACCCUGGUGGAAGGCUCACCCUCUCAGGAAAACAAAGCUCAUGCUGCAACGACUGUUAGGAAGCCUGAGAAACUUGUUCUGGAGGAACCAGAAGGAUCCACCAUGAGGAAAGUCUUCACGGAAGUACAGUUACUCUCAGGGACAGGACCUACCAGUCCACUAUCAGAGGGUAAACCACUGGAAGGGGCUCCAGAGGCUCUGAUUUCAUCCACCAGUGAUCUGGAGAACCGUCUGAGCAGGCUGGUGUCUAGAGUCCUUAGCUGCAAGAAUUACCCAGCUGAACUCAGCCCAGCAGCCAUGGCCAAACAGCUGGAGGAAGCUCAGGUGUGAAUCAAAAUGACGCGGU